AUAGCAUGUGUUUGUAAAUUGUUUUAAAAAAAUGUUUAUAAUAUAGCGUUAACAAAACGUCUGUAUUUUUAUAAUAUAGCGUUAUAUUUUUAUAAUAUAGCGUUAACAAAACGUCUAUUAAUCCUGACCCCGGAAGUAAAUGGGGGGCGAAGGUUUUUGUAGGGAGAAGAAAUUUGGCGUGACAGCCCCCCAUCUUAAAUGAGUUUGACACCCCUGAACUAGACGAAGUGGCUGGGGAGACGGAAGUCUGGGCUUCCCUGCUUAGGCUGCUGCCCCCGCGACCCGACCUCGGAUAAGCAGAAGAACUGCCAAGUUGUAAAACAGUGGCAGUCAUAUUAGAACACUCCAGAAUUUAAACAAGGGGGGGACAUUUUAUUACUUAUUUGCAUAAAUAUAUAUUCAAGUAAGAAGCAUGGUGGCAAGCCAUGUCCAGCCUGAGUUGUCAACAGUGUACAAAGUAACAUUUGCAUUGUCCAACACCUUCAGCGUCUCCCCCCUGAGUCGUUAUUACCUCCCUCGGCUUUUUUGCUCGGGGGAUGGAGCAUCUUGUCCAGGGCAGCGUAGCUGUACACGGCACCAUCAUACAGGGCGUCCCCGGCGGACUUUGCGAUGGCCGCUGCCCGCUCCGGGUAGUAGAGGGAGGCGCUGACUGCCAUCAGACUCGCCGGGUAGAUGAGCCUCUUCACCCGGGAACGUCUUCCGAGAAGCAGCCCCAGCACGCCGGUGAAGCCGAUGAUUCCAGCCCGCGCGUAGAAGUCCCCCGGUGGGUCUUUGAGGAACGUGAGAGUGUCACGACCGCACCGAACCACGCUUUGGACUUUAGGUUCCAGGUGGUCGUAUGUGGUCCGACACCAAGCCGAGUACGGUUCCGCCAGCUGCCGGAGGGUGGCGAUACUUCUCUCCAGUUGACCCCCUUCAGGCUCCUCGGAAUCGGCGUCCUGCUGGCCCGAGGCGGGGUACACGGAGAGGUCGUCCCGGUUCCUCGACGCUGCUUGUUUCUUUCCGUCACCGGCCGCGGCCAGGACGGUAGCCGGCCAUGAGGUGAAGGCUCCGGCCAUGAGGACUCUGCCUGUCACCUUCAACAUGAUCCCCGGCAACCAUGCGUGACUACGGCGUGUCAGGAGGGACAUUAAUCCUCAGCCAGGCUGUAUUAAACACGCAUUUAUACCAUCAUAAUUCAUAUAAAUUUGACCAAUAUAGUUUAUAUUGUUUUACACUCAUAAAACGCCCCUUGUAAUAUUAACCUUGUGUUAAUUGGGGUUAUUUUUUUUGCUGAAAAACGAAUCCACCGAAGUGGUUUGCUUUAAUUGUCACUCUUCGUAUUUCCUCUUAAAAAAAGUGACGACUUGUAUAAUCUAAACUUUUUUUUUGUAAUUACGUGCAAAAAAAAAAAUCCCCUGUGACGUCAUGGGUCACCACGGCAACCGCAGCGUCUACAGAAAACACAAAGCGCCAAUGGCAACUGAAAAACACCACACACACUUUGCACGAUUUAUUUUAGUACAAAAAAAAACAUAUUUGUAAAAAAUGGAAUAUCUUGGAGUAUCAUCCGCCCAGAAUCUCCAGGCGCUGUCUGCCUUACUCUCCAACCAGCAAAAGGAUGACGACGACGAGGACGAUUAUAAAAACGUGUCUCCGUAUGCAAAGAUGAGUCCAGGAAACAUUGGCCCUCCCAAGAAAAAGGACAAAGAAGUGCCGCCUGUCUACGCGAAAGAGAACAGCAAAGACGUAUGGAGCGUGGACGAGGUGCCCGAGGGCCCUCAGUAUGAUGAUCUCACAGACCCGCGACCACAGCCCGAAUAUGAAGUCAUGCUCAAGCAGAGUGUGGGGACAGAAGAUGUAUUUUUGGGCCUCAACAGAAAGGAUCCGUCCUCCAUGUGCUGUGAAGCCAUGCUGGUGAAAAUCAAACUUCCAGACAGCAAAGCGUCAGACGUUACCCUGGACGUGAAAGAAAAGUUUCUUGACCUGCGGACACCUAAGUAUAAACUGGGUCUCCAUCUCCCACACCCCGUCCUCCAUCAGGAGGGGAAGGCCCAGUUCUUUAGCGAGAGGGAAGAGCUAGAAGUGACUCUUCUCAUGAAUCGACCGCUGGAUGCUGUCAACAUGCCGUGAGACAGAACCGCUCCGGCCCGUAAAAGUACGUCCGGCCUGGAUCGGAUUCAGGUGGAACCCUCUUGAUGGUCUUGAUUAGUGGUUCUCAACCUUUCUUCACUGAUGUACCCCCUGUGAACAUUUUUUUAAUUCAAGUACCCCCUAAUCAGAGCUAAGCAUUUUUGGUUGAAAAAAAGAGAUAAAGAAGUAAAAUACAGCACUAUGUCAUCAGUUUCUGAUGUAUUAAAUUGUAUAACA